AUGACGUGGAUUGUGCUGUUUACGUUCUUCACAAUUACGUUUCAUGUGGAAGUCAUCGAACCACCACCGAUACCUAUUAGUAAGCGACAACAAGAUCAUGGAAAGCCUUCAGGAGUGCAGCGUGAACGCGAUGAUCUCGGUGAGCUGAAUAAACAACAUUGUGAAAAAUCGGCCUUGACAAAAGCCAACGUUAAGCGCUGCGCCGCUUAUUUCAAGGACUGCUACAGAUUUCUUGAAAAGGCCGAUCCACUGUAUGGUAUUGCAAAUGCAUUCAGUUCUGCUGUUAACAUUAAUUUUGCUACAGUCGAUGUUAACGGAAUACCAUACUAUCCUAUCAAUGAGGAAGGAGGAGUAGGAGUGGGAGUUCAAUCGCAUAUCCCGUUUGGAUCGUGGGGAGGAGGAUACUCCGAUCAUGUUGGAGUACGUGACUACUGGUCCCAACAUCAAGAAGUUGGUGCUAAUUGGUACGAUGGGAAAUAUGGCUAUAAAAACGGAUGGUCUGUUCCGCUGGUUCAGUCGCUAGGAGUAGAAGGAGGACAACACAACACAGUGUCCGUGCCUUUGACACAAAAGGACCUAGGGAAAGUUAUGGUGGACAACGGAUAUGGAGUCGGCGGCUAUUAUGGCCAUAAUGACCAUGUGGGAGUUGAUUGGAAAAAAGGAGAUGUCUUGCACAACUUUGGGGUUUCAUCUCCAUUCGUCGGAGCAGGGUUCAACACAGGACAAGCAGUCACGUUCCCGAGUCUAGAGACGUUUAUGAACGCCGGUAGGAAGUGA